AUGGAAGACGAACUUGUGCAACGACAAGGGCACUAUGACCGAAAAGAUCAACAAAGCCAAGAAUCAGUUAAUUCACAUCCAAAAGAUUUAAAAUCAACAACCGGUGAUUUUGGAACAUUAGAUACAAGUGAAUUAUCAACUGAUGAAAGUCAUUUAACAAAAACAUCAACAGCAAAAAGUUCUAAUGAUUUCUCAUCAACAGAUAAAAUUGAUAUUUCUGAUUUACCAUUACCAGCAUUACCACCAAAGAAACGACGUAGUAAAUCAAGAAGUUAUAGAGACGCAAAUUUUACACAUUCACAAUCAACAAAAGGUCAACCACAACAGCAACAAAUACAACAUAGUUCAAGGCAUAGUUCAUUUGAAAAUCUAUUAGAUCCCAAAGCUCAAUUUAUAGCUAAAAGACGUGAAAGUUUAGAAAUAUCAGCAAGAAAUUUCAAUGAGAAAUUAGAAGCACGAAAAAUGCACUUUCACAAUAUGGGACAUAUGAGGCAUUCAUCAGCUACAGCAAAUUCCUCGAAACCAACUUAUCUAUUUGGUGAAAAAUGUUAUACGACAACGAAUCCAAAUCAUUUAACAACAAAUCCAAAAAAAUCUAAUAUUAUUGGUAGUGUUGUUAGUGAUGAAAUCUAUUUAAAUAAAUCCGGUUGGGUACAAGUUAAUUCGAAACGUUUAGAGGAAGAAAAUUAUUAUAGUCAUCAAAAUGGUAUUGGUUCCUCAAAUACAAUACCACAUUUUAAAAAUACUGUUCGUGUUAUACAAAUUGAUAAUGCAACACGAGAUAAACAACCUGUUUAUUCAGUACCAAAAAUUGCCGGGAGUAAAAUUGAAGAAUUAAUAUCAAGAAGUGAAGCAAGACGUAAUAAUACACAACUUCAACGUACCGGAUAUUUAAAAUCAGGUUGUAAAAUUGUUGAUUCACAAUUAGCUACGAUAUUAAAUGAACGUCCAGGUUUUCUUCCAGUUAAAACAUUUAUGGAAACAGAAUCGCCACCACCUGUUACACCAAUACUAUCACCACCGCCUGCUUUUCAGGAUACAAAAUCAAAAUAUCGUAAUGAGAAACAAAAUCAAAUUAAAGCACAAAUUAAUUCUAGUUUAUCUAAGCAAAUUUAUCAUCCAUCACAAAUAACUGUUCAUCAUCAGCCAUUAAGAACAAAUGGUAAUAGCACAAGUGGUAGUAAAGGUAUGGUAUUUUCAAGAAGUUUUGAGUAUGAAACAAGAAAACCAACAUCGGAUUACGCAGAAGUUUUUUCAAAAAGUUUUGAUAGUAAUUUAUCGGAUACAAAACCUUCAGGCAUUAUUGGUGCAAUUCAUAGGGACCGUUCACCUAAUUUUAGUACAUUAACUGGUAAUUCACCUAAUUAUUUAACCAAAAAAGAAAGUUCUCAGUCAAAUAUAAGCAAUCAACAAAGUCGUGAUAAUUCCCCAAAAUAUCAACAAAUUGGUUAUAUAAAUCCAAUAGCACAAUCAAAAACUUUAGUUGUAUCACAUACCAAAGAAUUACCGCCAUACAACAGUAGUAAUAUUAUACCUAGAAAAAUAGAAAAACCAAAAACUUAUAGCUUUGAUCGUAAUGGAAGAUCAAGACGCGCACAAUUUACACGUUACAAUCAGACUGCCACAAUGCCUGUGUCAAGAUUUCGUAGCUUUGAUCAAAAUAUUAAUGCUAGAUUAAAUUCCUGUGAUAGUGGAGCUAGAUCAGAUCUUUCUAAUGAUGAGCUUGAUAAUGAAGAAGACAAUUCAUCAGAAUUUUUAACAGCAGCCUAUCAAUCUCAGUCAAAUUUUAGACAACAAAAGCAACGUUCUUUAACACCAGACAAAUAUGAUUCGCAAGGAUCACAAUGUAGUCUACGAAAACAGAGAUCCUUAACACCAGAAAAUCGUUCUUUAACACCAGAGGAACGACGAAAGAAAGGAUCUCAAGCAUCUCUAAGCUCAAGACAAAAUUCUAGUUCUAGAAGCAAUACUUUAGAGCGUAAGGGAAAAUAUGAUGACAAAUCUUUGAGUGCAUCACGAAGCUCAUCAACCAGUUCUAGUUAUAGCGGUGGUGAUCAUAAUGAAUUGCUUCCAACACACCGUCGUUCAACAAUACGAAAUGCAAAAGCGCCAGAAGAAUAUCGAAUUAGACGAUCUAGGUCACUGCAAUUGACAGAACGUUCACCAAAUCGUCAAAUUCAACGUAAUGGCAAUCAUCAGUCAAUUAAUAUAAUACGACCAUCACAGCAAAUUCGUAACGCAAAUUUCCCGCCAACUAUUAGACCAAGCCAAAUAAUAUCAGAUCCAAUGAAUACAAACGCAACAAUCAUUAGUAUUAAUAGUCGAACAAAUUCAGCAACAAUUCGUAAUCCAAAUGAUAAUAUUGAUAAAAGUCGAUCAUUUGAUUUUGAUUAUAAUGUUGGAAGUGUUGGAAAUAGUGGCGGUGUUAUUGUUAGUAGUAGUGUUAACAGCAUUAAUCAGCAUAUUACUGGUGGACGUUUAGAUUUUGAUAAAAGCCGUUCAUUUGAUGAAGAUUACAGGGAACAAAGUAAUAAUCUAGUUAAAUCAUAUUUAACAAGUGAAACAAUAUCUGGUGGCGGAAGCACCGGUGUUUUAGGAAAUUUAUUAAAAAGUGGUAAUCGUAGUGCUGGUGGCAGUGGUAGUAGCAGCAGUUGUGGUGGCGGUGGUCUCGGUGGUACCGGUGGUGGUGGUGGUAGUGGUGGUAGCGGUAGUCAACAACAAUUACAUCAACAAACAAGUCCACAAAAUUAUGGUACUAGAUUGUGUGAUCAUGAAAUGACAUAUGAUAUGUUAAGGCGAACAUUAGAUCGAUCACCUAUUAUGGAUUUUAGUGGACGUGUUAGUGGUAGUAAUAUUGUUGGUGGCCCAGAUUAUGAUAUACCACAAUCAAUGAUUAAUCGUGAAACAAUUAAUGCUGGUGGUAAUAGUGAAUUAAAUUUUACAAGUGAUCGAAUUUAUGAUCAUGGAAUGAAUUUAACAAAAACAUCAAAACGUUUAAAUCAUUCACCAAGUGAUUCACUAUAUUCAAUAGAUCGUUUACAUGCAUCACGUGAUAGUAUAACACCAGAUUCAACAGAAGAUCGUUUACGUUCUGAAUAUGGCAGUAUUAUAUAUAGACAACAAUCACAACGUUUAAGUGGUCAAGAUCGUAGUAAUAGCGCUGGUGGAAAUCUAAUAAGCGGUAGUAGUGGAUUAUCUGGUAAUACGACAGCUUUAACAUCAAGAGGAAGUUACAACAUUAGCAACAAUAUCAACAACACCAAUAAUACCACCACCAAUACAAAUAAUAUUAAAACCUUAUGUGAAUUUUAUCCAAAUUGUGGCUCUAUUAAUAACAGUGGUAGCUUAAAAUUACGUUCAAAAAUACCAAAUAUUAAACAUACACGUUCGAAAUCCAAUAAAUAUUUACAUCGAAAUUUAUCACAACGAAAAAAUAAUUUAUAUAAUGAUAAUAUAAAUAAUAACAAUAAUAAUAAUAAUAGCAAUAUUAAUAAUAAUAAUAUUAAUUAUAAUAGAAAUAAUCGUCGGAUUCAUGUAUCAUCAUCAGUUAAUGAUCUUUUACAAAUAAAUAGUGAUGAUGAACAAUUAUAUAUGAAUAUUAAUAAAAAAAUGAAUGCACGUUUAAAAAAAUCAUCAGUAUCAUCAAUACCAAUUAUACAACAAUAUCAACAACAACAACAUAAUUCUAGUAAUAAUGAACAUUAUAAUAGUAUUGGUGAUUUUAAUAAUAAACAAAAACAAAUAUAUCAUGAUUUAAAAAAUCGUAUUAAUACAAAUAUAUCAUUACAUAUAACUGAAGAUAUUAUAAAUAAUCAAAAACAACAAAAAUCACCAAUUGUUCUUAAUAAAAAUAUUAAUAAUGGUAAUAAUAAAAUUAAACCUAGUCCAAAAUUAAAUAAAAAAAAUAUGCCAACAACAAUGAUAAUUGAUGAAAAUCAACAAACACAACAACUAAAACAACAAAAUAAGAAAUUAUCACCAAAAAAUAAUUUAAUAGGAUCAAUUAAAAUAAAACCAUCAAUUAAUUAUAAUAUUGGUGGUAUUAAUAAUAAUACUAAUAAUAUUAUUAAUAAUAAUAAUAAUAAUAAUUAUAACAAUAAUAAUCAUAUAAUACAACCAAAAUGUAAUUCAACUGGAAAUUCACCAAAAUAUUUUAAAACUGAUUAUAAAUUAUCACCAACAACAUUAGCAUCAACAAUAAUAUUUUUUGGUGAUCGUGAAAUGCCAGUUACACGUGAUUCAACACCAAUUAGUAGUAUAACAUCAUCACCAACAGCUAUACCAACACAACAACAACAACAUUUUUAUAAUACAAGUGGAAUAAAUAAUUCAAAUUAUAAUAAUAAAAUUAAUAAUAGUGGCAGUAGUGGCGUUGGUUGUAGCAGUGGAAUAAGCGGUUGUAAUACAAGCAGUGGUUUUAAUAUUGGUGGUGGUAUUACAACAACUGGUAUUGGAAAUAAUCGUAAUAAUCCUAUUGAAUAUGAAAGUGGUGCUAAAAGUUUAGAAUAUUCUGGAUAUUGUGGAAAAUCUAUGAGGUUUUCCGGUGAACGACCAAAAACUAAAUUAUUGGACAGUAAUAUACAUCAGUUUGGUAAAAAACGAAGUAUAUCCUUGCCGAAUAUAUUUCUUGAAACAAAGUAAGUCUUUUUAAACACUUUUAAUUGUAAUUAAUGUGAUAUUUUUUGGAUGAAAAAAUUACAGCAUAAAAAUAAUAACCAUUAAGCAAACCCAAUUUUUCAAAAGAUCCAGAUAAAAAUCAAAAUGAAUCUAAAGUUUUUAGUUAACUAAGGUAAAAUAAUUUAAAUUUUAACUCAAAUUUUAACAAUUUCAAAAUAAAAAUUUAAAAAAUUUUAUUUAUGAUCAAAAAAUAUUGUUAGUUAUAAAACA